GGACGCAGCGGGACUGAGGCCUACUCCGCCGCCUCUCAGUGCUAUUGUCCCCGGGCCUGGCCCUGAGCGGGGCUGCGGGCGAGGGCCGAGCUCGCCGGCUCCGCGGAAGAUGCCGGACCAAGCCCUUCAACAGAUGCUGGACAGAAGUUGCUGGGUGUGUUUUGCCACCGAUGAAGAUGAUAGAACAGCUGAGUGGGUGAGACCAUGCAGAUGCAGAGGAUCUACUAAGUGGGUUCAUCAGGCUUGUCUACAACGCUGGGUGGAUGAGAAGCAGAGAGGAAACAGCACCGCCAGAGUGGCAUGUCCUCAGUGCAAUGCCGAAUACCUAAUAGUUUUUCCAAAGUUGGGUCCAGUCGUUUAUGUCUUGGAUCUUGCAGAUAGACUGAUCUCAAAAGCUUGCCCUUUUGCUGCAGCAGGAAUAAUGGUUGGAUCUAUCUAUUGGACAGCUGUGACUUAUGGAGCAGUGACAGUGAUGCAGGUUCACCAUUCUCCUCUAUUCAGUGACACUACUUUUGAUGUGAAGGUUGUAGGCCAUAAAGAAGGGCUGGAUGUUAUGGAGCGAGCUGACCCUUUAUUCCUUUUGAUUGGACUUCCUACUAUUCCUGUCAUGCUGAUACUGGGCAAAAUGAUUCGCUGGGAGGACUAUGUGCUUAGACUCUGGCGCAAAUACUCAAAUAAACUACAAAUUUUGAACAGUAUAUUUCCAGGGAUUGGUUGUCCUGUUCCUCGAAUUCCAGCUGAAGCUAAUCCUUUAGCUGAUCAUGUCUCUGCUACCCGAAUUUUGUGUGGAGCCCUUGUCUUUCCUACUAUUGCGACAAUAGUUGGUAAACUGAUGUUCAGUAGUGUUAACUCAAAUUUACAAAGGACAAUCUUGGGUGGAAUUGCUUUUGUUGCCAUAAAAGGAGCAUUUAAGGUUUACUUCAAACAGCAGCAAUAUUUACGUCAGGCACACCGCAAAAUCCUAAAUUAUCCAGAGCAAGAAGAAGCAUAAAACUGACUUCUGGUUGUUCUGAGGCCUCUCAUCCUGAGGAGUCUAUUGUGUUGUUCUGAUUCCAUCAUUAACGCACUAGAGGAGACUUGUGAUAACCUACUGCUCCUAUCUUUUAAAGAAAUGUAAUAAAGCACGCAAGGCAGGGGAUCCUCUCAGUAAUCACAGAACUAAGGAUACGAUUCAACCUGGUCAUUUGUAUGUACUGCUUUGACAGCCUUUGGCUGAACCAUUAUCUUAGCAUGGUAUACCUGGGUUUGUUCAUAUUUUUCCAGACAAAAAUGUAAAGAUAAAACUGUACAAAUAUUAAAAUGGACAUGCUGUUUUAUUCUGAUGCCUCUUUUGUAUAUACUCAUGUUCAGUGUUUUCUUAGGAAUAACAACUCAAAUGAAGGUACUGUGAGGACUUUUCUCACUGGCAUACUUUGAUUAUGUGCUAAACAGGAGCCUGUGUUAAUAUGAGGAAGCGUAAAUUAGUUCUUAAUAAAUAACAGACCAAAAAAAUGUAUGUGAGCAUUGAAAUGAUCAUCUGAACAACACGGAUUCUGUUGCCUUUUCCUUAACCCAUGUGACAUCUCAGAUGUGUAGGGUCAGUUUCCAGGGCUUCCAGAUCACUUUUUCACUAUUAAACUUUAUUUAUGCAAUGUUGA